CAAAUUCCCUUUGGCGCUCGCUCUUUGGGACUUGCUUGGUUUCUCGUCUCGUGGCUCGUCCGCAAAGAAUAGCCUCCCUCGCUUGUUAAACCACACGGCGCGCGAACCGCCAGCAACCCCCUCCCUUCUCAUCCUCCGAACCAGACGAACGGCUGGGGCGAAGCGUACGACAUCGCCGUCAUCCGCGUCUUUGCGUCACGUUGUGAUUCUUGAUGAGCGCCUUUGCUAGUUCGACCCAAUCGCACGGUCUUGCUGUAUAGAUUCCAGGCUCUGCACUCGAGCCGAUCGCACAUCUCUUGACUCCGACUUGCGAGCGGGUUGACCGUCGCGUCUAGCUGUUUAGCUCUCUCGGCUCACCCUGCAUGCGACGUAUCGUGCCGUGGCUCGACCAAGCAGUCCUACGUCGCAUGCGUAACAAUCAACUAUCAAACUAUCUCAUCUUCAACAGCUCAUCUUGCGACCUGUUCGCCAGACGGCUUGUUGAUCAACCAUGUAUUCGGCAUCUCAUCCUGUGCCGGCGUCGAUGAACGGCAUGGGCGGCGAUAUCAUUGAUGGUUCAGGCACAAUCAACCCUGCAGCUUUGAAUACAGUCUUACCGACGCCGACCUCUGUCAGCGCACCUGAAACAAGCCCUCGUGGUGUAAAACGAAGCCGCUCGCCUGAAUAUUAUGGGGAGUUGGCGAUGGGUCGACAGGGUGGAGUUGAGGAUGAUGAUGAUGAUGACGAUCAGAAGCCGCGAAAGCGCGGAAGACCACCCAAGACGAAACUUGGGGGAGUGUCCGAGAGUCCGCUAUCGACAUCACCACAAGGACCCCAGCAGGCCCUACCUUCGCAAAUCCAGACGCCUAAGCUCCAGUCGCAAGGUUUACCGCAUACGUCAGGCACGCCUACGCAAGCUUCACCCCCCAAGUCUACGCCCACAAAGACCGUGGUAAAGGCAUUGCCCACGGUUCGAGAUCAUACAACCGAUCAGCUCAAUCCAGAACGAGAUGAAUACAUUCCUCGCGAGUACGAUGAGGCGGGUGAGAAAAAGGUCACCCAGACAGGGCAUCUUCUCGAUGGCCGAGAAUAUCGAUGCCGAACCUUUUACGUACCGAACAGAGGCGAUAAGCUGUUCAUGUUAGCCACCGAAUGCGCAAGGGUUCUGGGUUACCGUGAUUCUUAUCUUCUUUUCAAUAAAAACCGCUCCCUCUACAAGAUUAUUGCGACACAGGCCGAGAAAGACGACUUGAUUCAGCAAGAGAUUCUGCCAUACUCGUAUCGAUCUCGGCAAAUUGCUAUAGUCACGGCCAAAUCAAUGUUUCGUCAAUUCGGCAGUCGAGUCAUUGUCAACGGGCGCCGAGUACGGGAUGAUUACUGGGAGAGCAAAGCUAGAAAGCAAGGUUUCACAGAGGAGGACCUGGCUGGAGAAAAACGACCGGGCGCUGCAAAAGCGCGUGAAAAUGCUGCUGCCGAGGCAGAGCGCGCUCUGGCAGGCUCUACUUUGGGCCAUCAUGGUGAGAUUGUGUAUAGCAAUGGUCCUGGCCAUCUCGAGGGUCACCCGCAGUCUCAGACUUUACAAGCAGGUCUAGGUGCUGGUGCCUCUCUUGCGCCUCUCCCAAUGAUUCAUCUAGCUCCUGCAGAUGAUAUACAUCUCCGGGACUAUGGAAACGUGCCACGUCCAAGGCAAGAAAUGUCCGGUCCACCUUACCUGGAUCGUUCUCAACCAAGUGGUAGUGCCGAAAUUCUAAACCAGGCUUCGCAUGCUGCCGACUUCAACAAGAUGCUUGGUCAACAGCGUAAUCAUCGUACCAAAUAUCUUGAAGAUUUUUGGAAGCAACCACGGGAGAUGCCAGCCCCUGCCAAUCCAUCGCAGCAACAGCAGCAGCAACAGCAGCAGCAACAGACGGCGCAAGCUCCACCGCAAGCUGUCGGCCAAGUAGAUACCGCCUCAACCGUUGGCCAGGCGCUUCAUUCUCCGCAAGUCUCCUCUAACCCCAUGAUGGGCGCCGCGCAACAGCCUAUGAUGCCAUCUCAACAACGCGGGACUCCACAGAUGAUUGCUUCACAGGCAUUUCCACAGCAGCAGGCUCAGCAUCAACAGAGUCCGUUAGCACAAUCUCCAGGGAGAGCAAUGGCUCAGUCUAUUCGUCCUGAUCAGAUUCAUCAUCGCUCUUCGGGUCUUUCGCUUGGUCCCACCGGCCACAAUCAAAAUACAGCAUAUGGCUUUUCCCAGCAGACACCCAUGUGGCCACCACCGCAACCUCAACAAUCCCCGCUUGGCGGCCAUGGAAUGCCACAAUUUAACCCUCAACUGCAGUCUCAUUCACCGCACGCGCAACAAUCGCCCCAUCAUGCCCCUCCGCAACUUCAUCAGCAGAGCUCAGGCUCGCUGCCCAGCAACUCGCUCAAUUACCCUGGUGUGGCACCUGGAGGAUACGCGACUGCUCAGCGAGGCUCAUUCAAUCCCAGCCAGAAUCCGCAGCAUUUUAUGCAGCAGACGUCAGCUGCGCAGCAAGCGAAUCCCGGAUGGGCUCCUUCAGCCCCGGGAUCUCAUGGGCAACAACCCUGGCCGGGCUACUGAAGCAUCUCCGAGAUUCGGGUCUAAAUGGUUGUCAUCCGAAAGCUUUCUUGAAUCUUAUACGUCAAGCUCGCAACCUUGGAAAUGUUUGCUGUUAAAGACCCGGUCUUCGAAGCUCUAUUUUUCUAAUUACCUCCCCUCCCGUGUCCUUCUUGAUUUCCGGC